CCAGAGCAAGUAACGUGGGAACCACAGAACAACAGCAUUUUACAGCAGCAGCCGCCUCUGAUUAAAAUUAUCAGCUUCAUCAGACUGCAUCAAGACCCAGGACUGCUCCUUCAAGGAAAGAGAGGACCAAGCAAUGAUGAAGACCAUGUCUGGUGGAAACUGCACCCUGAAUGUGCCAGCCAAGAACUCGUACCGCAUGGUAGUGCUGGGAGCCUCCAGGGUGGGGAAAAGCUCCAUUGUCUCACGCUUUCUCAAUGGCCGGUUUGAGGACCAGUACACUCCCACCAUUGAGGAUUUUCAUCGCAAGGUCUACAACAUCCGGGGAGACAUGUAUCAGCUGGACAUCCUGGACACCUCCGGGAAUCACCCUUUCCCAGCUAUGAGGAGGCUUUCCAUCCUGACAGGGGAUGUUUUCAUCCUGGUAUUCAGCUUGGACAACAGAGAAUCCUUUGAUGAAGUCAAGAGGCUCCAGAAACAGAUCCUUGAGGUCAAAUCCUGCCUGAAGAACAAGACCAAGGAAUCAGCUGACCUCCCCAUGGUGAUCUGUGGCAACAAAAAUGACCACAGUGAAAUCUUCCGCAAGGUACGCUCAGAUGAAGGUGAGAACCUUGUCUCCAGUGAUGAAAACUGCGCUUAUUUCGAAGUUUCAGCCAAGAAGAACACCAAUGUGGAUGAGAUGUUCUAUGUCCUCUUCAGCAUGGCCAAGCUACCUCAUGAGAUGAGCCCAGCUCUCCACAGGAAAAUCUCCAUCCAGUAUGGUGACACCUUCCAACAGAAAUCCUUCCGGAUGCGCAGAGUCAAGGACAUGGACGCCUACGGCAUGAUCUCUCCCUUUGCUCGCCGGCCAAGCGUCAACAGUGAUCUGAAGUACAUCAAAUCAAAAGUUCUCAGGGAAGGUCAGUCAAGGGAGAGGGAGAAAUGCACAAUCCAAUGAAGGGGGCUUGCACUUCUGUCUGAAGUCAUCAUCCACAUGUAGUGCCUUACAAGAAAAAUGGUCUGUGGAAGCACAGAAUGGGCUCACAGGGUUCAUCAAGAAAACCCAACAUGGAGAAAGGCUAACUCUUCCUGCAGAUUCUGCUGAAUCAUGAAUGUAAAUAACAUCGUCCUUGUAAAUGACUGGGAAAAAUCAUAUGCCUGAGAUACGAGUGCAUUUCUCUGUCUUUGUAAUGUAGUUUCUCUUCAUUCCCCUUUUUGUUUAAAGAAUAGAGACCUGAGAAGUAAAGAAAUUUCAACCUCAUCCUUACAAAGAAAGUAGGUCAAAAAUGCACAGAAGGCAUUACCCAG